AUGGGUUCUAUCGCUCAGCAGUCCCCCGUACCUCGUGGCGGCGCCUCGCUCAUUGUUGCCUGGUCCAUCGCCAGCCGCCACAUCCUGGUUGUCGGCGGAAGCGACGCUGCUGCCUCGCGUGUCUUUUUUGCACUCGAGGCCGACGCCCAGGUCCAUGUGGUCGCCCCCAAGACCUCGCUCUCGCCCGCCCUGAUCGGCCACAUCGACCGUCGAGAGGUUACCUACUACGACCGCGAGUUCGAGCAGCGAGAUCUGCACGACAAGUCCAUGGUCUUUGUUGCCAGCGAGGACGCCUCGCUCGCCAAGCACAUUGCCGCGCUCUGCCGCAUGGGCCGGAUUCCCGUCAACAUUGCCGACCAGCCGGAUCUGUCCGACUUUUGGCUGACGUCGACUUACCGCGACCACGCCCUUCAGAUUGCCGUUUCCACCAAUGGCAACGGCCCCAAGAUUGCCACGCGCCUGCGCAAGCACAUCGCUGCUACCCUGCCCGAAGGCUCCGGCUUGGCUAUCCAGCGUCUGGGUGUCCUUCGCCAGAAGCUCCGUGCCGCCGAUCCCUCUGACAAGUCGGCGUCUCGCCGCUUGGCCUUCAUUAACAAGCUCUCGGAGGCCUGGCCCCUGCAGAAACUCGCCGAGCUCACCAACGGCGAGAUUGACCAGCUCGUCCAGAUCUACCUGGCGGGC